UUGGUUGUCGCUUGUUGUUGUUGUCACCCUACUCAGCCAUACACGUUCUGUGUGUACCAAAACAUUGAACCUGCCCUCUAAUUAAAGUGAGAAUCUAAUGCGAUUUAGUGUUGCUAACCUACAUUUAGAAGUUGUGUCCUUGCGGGAAUGAAGGCGGUGUGAGAAGACAGCCAAAUUGGGCCUAAGCCUAAAUUGCUAAACUCAGCGGUCGGAUAACAUUCUGCCGAGUACGGCCAGGUAUGUCCUCUCCUGAGAAGGACACGGGGAAGACAACCUCCAAAGAGAGCGGCUACCGGACCCCGGGGCUGAGAGGCGCACAGACCACAACUCUUUUCCGUGCCGUAAACCCGGAGCUCUUCAUCAAACCUAACAAGCCAGUCAUGGCUUUUGGACUGGUGACAAUAUCCCUUUGCGUUGGAUACAUUGGUUACCUUCACGCAACCAAGGAGAAUGACCAAGAGCUGUAUGAAGCGGUUGACAGCGAAGGGGAGAGGUACAUGAGAAGAAAAACUUCAAAAUGGGACUGAUUUUGCCCAAUGGAAACGUUCGAAGAUCAAAGGAAGCUGUUUAAUUUUUGUAUUCAAUAAAAUGUAUCAGACACAGUCACUGUGUCUUGAACAAGAUCCAAUGCCACAUGAUGUAGGCCUACUUGACUAUUUAUUAAAUCAUCUGUCUUUUGGCUUGAUAAAAGCCACAUGCAUUUUGCUUAUUUUCUUUCAUGGUGGAAACACCAAUCGUCACACUGGCUUGACAAUGUGAUUGAACCCACUUGUUGCCCAACCCAAGUAGGCAUAAUAACUGUAACAGGCUACUCACAAAGGUUAUUCUGCAAAAGAUAAUGUUUGGCCCACUUUGCACAACAAUAGGGUCUUUCAUACACUGCCCUGCAGUUUGUUGACUGUUGGUUUGUCAACAAGUUAGGGUUUCCAAAAAAGCAGGUUUAGUCACUCUGUGUAGGCUAUGAGAACAUGGAGCAAGUGGUAGGCAGCACAUCCAAAACAAGAAGUCUUGUCAUCUCAAUCUCUCAGUAAAGCAAAUCUGAUUUUGUAUUUACCACUUACUUGAGUCAUUUAUCUGGGUCAGAACCGUGGAAAAUCUCUGUUCAGAAUAAAAAGGACUGUAUGUAUGUGCA